AUGGAGUCUGAUAAUAAUGUUCAGAAAUUGAAAUUCUAUCAGCGCCAAGUAUGGUAUGGUUUGAUUUCAGGAAUAGUAACGAUUCAAUCAGCACGACAAGGUAUAGAGAGUCUACUCCCUGCUGUUGCAGAAGAUCCAACAUUUGUCGCUUCCAAAUUGAAUCAAGUUGGAAUUGGUACACUAUUAGCAUGGGGAAAUUUUUUUUACUUCUUGGGCAAAUGCCUUGCAGGAUAUAGUGUUGAUAAACUGAGUGGCAGAUUUGUAUUCCUCUUGUCCCUUGGAAUUAGUAGUGCAUUUACAAUAUUUAUAGGAUUAAGCAAUAGCGUUACCACUCUAACAUUCUGCUGGUGCAUAAAUAAAUUAUUCAUCUCUUCAAAUUGGCCGUCCGUAGCUAAAACGAUGGCUACAUGGUUUUCUCCUGAACGCUAUGGUGAACUAAAUGGUAUGAUAGCUUUUUCUGUACGGAUCGGUUGUUUAGUUAGCAGUCUCCUUGUUGCGGAAUUAUUACGACGUCAUACUUAUUGGAGAAAGAUCGAUUUUAUAAUGGGCCUGAUUCUAAUCCUGGUAUUCGCUUCGGCAUUGCUCCUCGUUAAGAGAUCGCCUAAGCAGCUAGGACUACCAGAUCCUACCAAGAUGAGCAAGGCUAGCCAAGGUGAUGAUGGUGAUGAACACGUAGAUUUGCAGAAUGAAAUUGAGUGGGAUCUAAUAACUAUGGCCAAGGAUCGCGUAAUUUGGCUUAUGUCCAUGUAUGUUGCCGGGACGACUAUUUUAAUGGAACUUCAAAGUUUUUUACCUCUUUUCCUGCAUUUGUAUAUGAAAUUGGAAGUGGGAUUUGCGGUCUAUGCUUCAACUAUCUUUCAGAUUGGAACAAUUUGUGGCGUCAUGCUUGGCAGUUUCUUAUAUGAUAAACUAUGCAGGAAAAAUAUCACUAUUUUUCUCAAUGGGUGCAUGUUUAUAUGCACGGCAUGUUUAGUAUUAAUAUGGAGAUUAUUGCCUGUCUUGACGUCAUCUCAUAUUAUUUUUAUACUGUUCGUGUAUGGCUUUGCCCUAGCAAUAAUCUUCCAUCUUCCGACUGGCGUCUUCAUGAUGGUACAUGUUGGCCAAAGACAUUGUGGAACUCUAAUAGCUGUAUUAGAAGCAUUUGGAUAUCUUUUUGCAGUACUAUUUGAUUAUUAUGGGGCCGUCGCGAUAAAAGUUUUCGGUUGGUCCGGAUUUUUCGGCUUACUAGUGCUAACAUCUAUGAUAACAUCACUAUUUCUAUUCCCGAUGUCGUCUCACCCGAGCAUUAUGACGGCUAAAAAUUAA